GGUUCAUGCUGGCCAGUGGCCAGUGGCCACACAGCGGGGUCCUGAUUCAUGCUCCCGGAGAUCUCUUCCCACACAGGACACAAACCGUGCCUUUGUCCCAUCCAUCCACUUCAACCUCCACCCUUUGCAGACUGGUUUGAGCACGGCUGUCCAAAGGCUGCGAUGUCUUCAGGAAUGCAGAGCUCCAGCAGCAUGGCUCAGGCCAGGCGGGUGGUGCAGCAGCUGAGGAUGGAGGCCAGCUUCGAGAGGAUAAAGGUGUCCAAGGCUUCAUCUGACCUGAUGCGUUACUGUGGAGAACAUGCCAAGAACGACCCGCUGCUUAUGGGCAUCCCCACCUCAGAAAACCCUUUCAAGGACAAGAAGCCUUGCACUGUUUUGUAGAACAACUUUCUCUGCCUUCCUUUUGAUUCUUAUGUGGUAAAACAUAUGUUAGAUUCACAACUUAAUCUAAGGCCAGUGUCCCCCCCCCCUCUUCCCAUUCCUAGUUUAAAGGAUGUGUUCCUGUUUGCCUUGCAGUCACAUGACAGUUUCAGCAAAGAGCAGGCAGCAGUCCGAAGCUGUGGCAUUGGAUGACAGAGUUUCUGCCUCUCUAAUUAUCACAGCGUGCAGAAACAAGCCCCCUCAAUCAUUGGACCAAUCAGAUUUAGCCGUUCAGCUUUCACCUCUGACUCUGGUCAGGCUCUCUUCAGGAAACAGUUGUGUAGGUUGUGUUCUGCUGAUAAUAGCAGCCCAGAUAAUGAUAUCCUGUCACCGGACCAGCAAUCUGUGCUGUCCAUCACAUGAGAGCAAAUAGUAACAGUGGAGGUCCAGUGCCCCUAAUGUACAUUUCUUUUUUCAUCUUGUCACAUUCAGAAUAAUAAUAGGGUUUAAAAUGAGAUUGUUCUCUGUUCUCUUUAAGCACAGACAGAGCAAUCAAAUUGUUGACAUGUAUAAUUUAACAGUUCACUUAAAAUGUUUAUUUUAUUACUUCAUUUUAGGUAUACAUAAGAGCAACCUAUCCGGGUACUUUCCGUCUUUAUCAUGGCCCCGCCCCUUUUUGGGUAAAAAUCUGUUUUAUCAAUUGACUGGCGGUAAAUACAAAUUCUGAGGUCUUCGCCAUUCAGAUAAAAAAAAUGUAACAAUAAUAUGCAAUUCAGAUCUACAAGGUGCCCAAUUAUGAUGGUCAGUCAUACACAAUGUAAUUGGAGGUCUGUGAUUGGCGCUCUACAUGUAAUACAUUGACUUUUAGCAUUACAAAUGUUCACCUUGAUGAUUGACGUUAACCUUACACAGACAAACUGACCGACUGGCUCCCAUUGGUUGGGAUUUUAUUCCUCUCUCUGGAUGGCCUGAACACACAGAUCUCUUAAUUCUCUCCAUUUUCUCUACGUAAAAGUAAAGAAAAUCGGAAAUGUU